UCACAGAGGAGAGUCACGCCUACAAGAUGACCAGCCCGCCAGAUCUAAACCCAAGUGUGAUUCCAAGGCCCCUUGUACUGGAACCAGACAGGGCACGGGGGCCAGACAGGGAGACUUGUUCACAGGGAGCUCCCAACCCGCACCAUCGUCACCCUGCGGGGAUGGCGGGAGGAGCGCGGCCCCGCCCCGGCCCAGCCGGGCGCUCCCCGCGAGGUGCUACAACCAUGGCUACGGCAGCUGGCGCUACGGCCUACUUCCAGAGAGGCAGUCUGUUCUGGUUCACAGUCAUCACCCUCAGCUUUGGCUACCACACAGUAAGGGCGCCCGCCGGAGGGCCACGGUCGGGCCAGGGAGCGAGCGCGCGCUCGGUUUACCGCAGGAUCUUGGCCCGCAGGCCGGGGGAGGUCGUGCAAGCACAAUCCCGGCUCCCGCGCGCUUGGAGCAGAGGGAAGGGCCGAGGCGCCGGAAUGAGACGCAGGCGCACUGUGGGUUGUCUUCUGGCCUCAGAGUAUCCCUUAUCAGAGCCUUGGGCCCUUGGGCUCUUUCACUCAGUACUUGGUGGACCACCAUCACACCCUCCUGAGCAAUGGGUAUUGGCUUGCCUGGCUGAUUCAUGUGGGAGAGUCCUUGUAUGCCAUAGUAUUGUGCAAGCACAAAGGCAUCACAAGUGGUCGGGCUCAGCUACUCUGGUUCCUACAGACUUUCCUGUUUGGGAUAGCGUCUCUCAGCAUCUUGAUUGCUUACAAACCGAAGCGCCAAAAACAAACUUGAAGAUGUCCGAAAGCCUGCUCUACACUUUCACAUUCACGUUCACCUUUUUUGUGUGUGGGGGAUAAGGGAGGUACAGUGUUUACUCAGUGAUCUUUCUACUUUCUAGAAUCUGACUGUCCUUCAAAGCUAUUUCAGACCCUCUCAUUAGUCAUUUUUCUCUUAUAUGCUCUGGUUGAGCUUGAAUACAUCAGUUGUUACUUCAAAGAGAAACAGAAAGAUUUUAGCUUUUCAUUUCUAUUUGGCAGAGGAUGUCAGCUACCUUUUUAUGGCCUUUGGUUGUGUUGGGGCCCUUGUGUGCUCUAGGCUAAGCCAUGUACUAAAUUGACUUUUUGGUUUGUGUACCCUUGCUCCCGUCUUCUGAUGAAAACACCUUACCCUCACUACCACCAUCGUUCCUCUCCUUUCCCAAAGCUCUUUCCACCUUGCUGCACUAAGAUAAAGUGACACUUUCACCAUACAUCAAUUCCACACACAUUUAUUAAGUACCUGUGAGGCAGGAUCUUAUCCUCUCAAACUUCCAUUUCUCACCCUACAGAGAAAGAUAAGGAAGAUGUGCAAGUGCCUGGGAUGGGGCAGGCUAAGCAGCCACAUAAAGGCACGCUGAGAACCCAGAGGGGAGGCUGCAGAGUGCCUUGCCUGAUGCUGCAGCCGGAAGUGAUCCUUCCCUCCACCUGACCCCUGGGACACUGUAGUGUGUGGGGUCUGAUAGCACUGCUAGAUUGCUCCUUCAGCUCAGGGCCACAGCUUAAACAGCUUUACCUUUCCCCUCAGCACCUCCCACUGCCUUGCACACAGGUGCUCUAUCCAUGUUUAUUGAACAAAGGACAGAAGCUGAUUUCACUUUCACUUGUUCAUUAUCAUUCCAAUUUUCAUGUGAAAAUGACACAACCCAUUUGGGGUACCCUCAUCUCAAAAGAAAAGCACAAGACUACCUUUGACUGGUACCACCUUUUUUGUGGGUUCCUUGGUGAGAGACCUCUAUCUUUUUCACAUUUUUCUAUUCUCCAAAAGUGUCUCUUUCCAGCUCUGAAUUAUUCAAAACACACAAGCAUUCCUGUUUAGAGAUUCUAGCCCAUGGGUUAUCUGGCUAGUUACUACCUCUCCUGUUCACUUGGUUAUACUUUAUUAUUGCUCACAGGUUGGGGAAGCAGAAUGACUCUGUCACCACCAGGAGCCAUUAAGGCUUGUUCCCUGGAGGACUGCCUGCUUGUUCUCUGGGGAUUAGUCCUCAUUUCCCAUCUGUGAUACAGUGGGGCAAGUUAUUUGUAUUAAGCAAACAUUUAGGAGAAACAACCCCCCUCCCCAAAACAGAGCCCCCGAGUAAAGCACAACCCUGAAAUAUUAUGAACUCUGAAUUGUCUCCAGUGGAGAUAAAUUUCUGCAAAUAUAUCUCAGUCUAUCCGUCUAUUUGUCUUGUGAUUGAGAAGUUGCUUUUUGGUAAAGAAGAGGAUUUUUGACCAUAGAGUUAGGCAUCAUGGAAAUUCAAACCAGAUUUCUUAAUACCUGAUCUUCUCCAAAGAGAAAUAAUGACAGUAAUAGUGGUGCUGGGAACAAUGUGGCCGAUUAUUGAAUGAAAUGGAUUAACUUGAAUAAAAUGCUGUGACUUAUCUCUA